CCCGCUCCUGGCUCCGCUGGGGGGGCGGGGCUUGGGGUCCGACAGAGACCCCCGUUCUCGGAUCCCAUGGGCCGGGGCAGGAAAGGCCCCGCCUGGGCCGAGCUGGGCUCCGUGGUGGGGCCCCGGGCCCUCCCGCUCGGGCAGGAUUUGGGUUCACGACCCCCCGUGUUGGGGACUAGGGCAGAGGCCCCAGAGCGGGAUUCAGGGCGCGGCUGGGUGCAGCCCUCCCAGUGAUGUCACCCCGCUGACAGGGUCUCACCUUGGUUUGUUUCCUUCCCUUCGCAGCCUCUUCUAGGUGGUUUCCCCUCCGCGACAGGGAGACGAUGUCUUUAUCAGAGUGGCACAUUGCAGUGAAGCUGGCAGACCAGCCGCUGGCCCCCAAAUCCAUCCUGCGGCUACCGGAGACCGAGCUGGGAGAGUGCCCUUUGGGUGGGUGCAGCAUCUCCUACCUCAAGCAGCUCAUCACCGGAAAGCUCCAGGAGUCAGUCCCAGACCCAGAACUCAUUGAUCUCAUCUACUGUGGCCGCAAGCUGAAGGAUGACCAAACACUUGAUUUUUAUGGCAUCCAGUCAGGCUCCACUGUUCAUGUCCUGCGCAAGUCAUGGCCUGAGCCAGAUCAGAAACCAGAGCCUGUGGAUAAAGUCGCUGCAGUGAGAGAGUUCCGGCUCCUGCACACUGCCCUGCACAGCAGCCCUGGAUACAGAGAUGCUGUCUUCAAGAUGCUGGGGAACAAGGAAUCGCUGGAUCAGAUCAUUGUGGCUACCCCUGGCCUCAGCAGCGACCCUGUUGCUCUCGGCGUCUUGCAGGACAAAGAUCUUUUUUCUGUCUUCGCUGACCCAAACAUGCUAGACACGCUAAUCCCGACUCACCCUGCUCUAGUGAAUGCCAUCAUCCUGGUUCUGCACUCGGUGGCAGGCAGCACAUCCCUCCCGGCUCCUGAGACCUCCUCCCGCAGCAUGCCCUCCAGCUCCUACAGGGACAUGCCUGGUGGCUUUCUGUUUGAAGGUCUCUCUGAUGAUGAAGAUGAUUUUCAUCAGAGCACGAGGUCCACGCCUUCCAGCAGCACGUCUGGGUCCCGCCCAGCAUCACUCGGCUACGCGGGCGCUGCUGGACCUCGGCCGAUCACCCAGAGCGAGCUGGCAACGGCGCUGGCCCUGGCCAGCACGCCAGAGAGCAGCUCUCACACACCCACCCCCGGCACCCAGGGUCACUCCUCGGGCACCUCCCCGAUGUCCUCCAGCGUCCAGUCAGGAACUCCUAUCACCAACGACCUCUUCAGCCAGGCCCUGCAGCACGCCCUGCAGGCAUCCGGGCAACCCGCCAUGCAGAGCCAGUGGCAGCCCCAGCUGCAGCAGCUGCGGGAUAUGGGCAUACACGAUGACGACCUGAGCCUCCGAGCCCUGCAGGCCACGGGAGGGGACAUUCAGGCUGCCCUGGAGCUGAUAUUUGCCGGCGGGGCACCCUGACCCCCGGCCCAGAGGGCAGAGUGACAUGUUCCAGGGAUGCUGCUAGGUCAGGAUGAUGCAGAAGUUCCCCACCUGUCCUGAAACGGAGCAUCUCUCUUGCCCUGGGCCACAGGGGGGUGACACAGUUCAUGGCAGAGCGGGGCUGGGACCCUGCCUCGGCACUCAGAGACAUUCUUCCUGCAGUAACUCCCCAGGCUGUCC